ACUCACGUUAUAAAUAUUUUAUAGAGAUUAUUAAUUUUGUCAACUGUACGCACUAUUUAUGCGUAGUCAUAUAUACUCAUAUUGGUCACAUUGCAAAUUAUUCCGCCGCAGUACGUAUUACUGUCGUUGCACUUGCAGCUUGCUCCAUCCUCACACGGCCACAUUAUACUUAUAGUCCACAGUCACACUCUGCAUACAGAAUUCCAUUUCGUUGCGAAUUUUCGCACAAUGGACAUGGAUAGUUCUGACAGCAUUCCGGAGAGCCCAUUACGCACUAAUAUGGAGUUCGCCGUGGAGAUGUCGUGCCAAGGCUGCGAGAGCACCGUGCGGAAGGCGCUGGAGAAUGUCGCAGGUAUCAAGGUGCUGAGCGUAGAUGCCGCGGCGGAGCGUGUGCUGUUGGAGAGUGCGCUGCCGUCGACGCAAGUGCAGCAGCUCAUCGAACAGACAGGACGCCAGGCUGUUCUCCGCGGAGUGGGUGCUCCGGGUCGUUCUUUAGGCCAGCAGCUGGGCGCUGCUGUGGUGGAAUUCUACGGCAUCGGCGGUGUCAAGGGCGUGACGCGCUUUGUCCAGUUGGCACGGGAUCGCUGUAUAAUCGACGGGACGCUGGACGGAUUGAGUCCCGGCCGACAUGGAUUGGCCAUCUGCGAAAAUGGAGAUCUUAGCCGCGGCUGCGAAAGUGUUGGCGAUCACUAUAACCCGGAGGAAUCUUGUCAUGGCUACCCCGACAGCCCGCACGCUCACGCCGGGGAUCUGGGGAAUAUUGACGCGGAUGCCGGCGGUCGGGCCGCCUUCCGCCUGGUCAACCGGCGACUGAACAUCUGGAAUGUCAUUGGCCGCAGUCUGGUGGUGCACGCCCGCGAGGACGACGGUCGGACCCCGAUCGAUGGCAAUGCCGGGCCAAAGAUUGCCUGCGGGAUCAUCGCCCGUUCAGCCGGGAUCAUGGAGAAUACCAAGAAAAUCUGUAGUUGUAGCGGGCAAACGUUGUGGGAAGAACGGGAUAAUGUCAAAAAGCAGUCGUGAUCUGAGAACGAAAAUUUUUAUUUUUGCCAGUUUUCUCGUCAUUUUUGCUGGCAAAUUCCAGCUGUUGUGGUUGCAUCAUUUCCGGUGGGAUUUAAAUGUUCAUUCUGCCUUCUUCCGGUUUGGGAAUGUGAUGCUGCCAAGGCACAGUGAACGAACUCAUUAAAAAAUUGCGCUGGUGGGCAGCAUGGCCCUGCUGGGAGGAUACUUGCCAUAGUCGUUGCUGGUGGUGCGAUAACCGGCGAUGUUGAAUCCCGCUCGGCUAAUGCCGUAGGUUGUCGGGUCUGUGUAUCAAUAUAAAGAAAACGGGUUAAAUGGAGUUGCGUUGCCUAGAGUGUUUUCUCCGCUGUUUACACUGGUUUUUACGGACAUGCGCGGUUGACAUAGCGAGUGUCUAGUAGUCUACUACGGCUGAUGGGGGUCACCGGGUGACACUUCCGGCUGCCGUUCCCCUGUGACUCAUCAAAUGCCACUUCGCGCUGGAUAGUACGCCUGUGCAGUGUGCGUGUGUGGAUGCAGUUUUAAAAUAAUUGU